AUUCUGAGGUUUAUUUCAGAUUUUCUUGCUUUUCUGGUACUUUACAAUUUUAUCAUACCUAUUUCGCUUUAUGUGACUGUUGAGAUGCAGAAAUUUCUUGGAUCUUUUUUUAUUGGCUGGGAUCUUGACCUCUAUCAUGAAGAAACAAACCAGAGAGCACAAGUAAAUACUUCAGAUCUCAAUGAGGAAUUGGGACAGGUAGAGUAUGUAUUUACAGACAAAACCGGUACAUUAACUGAAAACGAGAUGCAGUUUCGGGAGUGCUCCAUUAAUGGCAUAAAGUACCAAGAGGUCAAUGGUAAACUGACCCCAGAGGGGUUUUCUGAAGAUUCUCCAGAUGGAAAUAGGCACAGUUUGAUGAAAGAGGAAGAACUCUUCUUGAAAGCAGUUUGUCUUUGUCAUACAGUGCAGAUCAAUGCAGAUCAAACAGAUGGUGCUGAUGGUCCCUGGCAUGGCAAUGGGUUAGCACCCCCAUUGGAGUAUUAUGCUUCUUCACCAGAUGAGAAAGCUUUAGUUGAAGCUGCAAGCCGGGUUGGAGUAGUAUUUACUGGAACUAGUGGGGACAGCAUGGAAGUAAAAAGUCUUGGAAAGCCAGAAAGGUAUAAAUUGCUUCAUGUUUUGGAGUUUGAUCCAAAUCGCAGAAGAAUGAGUGUCAUCGUAGAGAGUCCCUCAGGGGAAAAGCUUUUGUUCACAAAGGGCGCAGAAUCUGCCAUUCUUCCUCGUAGUAAGAGUGGAGAAAUCGACAAAACAAGGAUACAUGUGGAUGAGUUUGCUUUGAAAGGACUAAGAACUUUGUGUGUAGCCUACAGAAGAUUCACACCUGAGGAGUAUCGAGAAAUUGGCAAACGCCUUCACGAGGCCAGGACUGCCUUACAACAACGGGAAGAAAGAUUAGCAGAUGUAUUCAACUUCAUAGAAAGGGACCUGGAAUUACUUGGGGCUACGGGAGUAGAAGACAAACUGCAGGAGAAAGUCCAAGAAACUAUAGAAGCACUCAGGUUGGCUGGUAUCAAAGUGUGGGUGCUCACUGGAGAUAAGCACGAAACGGCUGUUAGCGUCAGUUUAUCGUGUGGACACUUCCACAGAACCAUGAACAUCCUGGAGCUUGUGCAGCACAAGUCGGACAGUACAUGCGCAGAGCAACUGAGGCAGCUAGCCAAGAGAAUAAAAGAAGACCAUGUUAUCCAGCAUGGACUGGUUGUGGAUGGGACCAGCCUCUCUCUUGCACUCAGGGAACAUGAAAAACUGUUCAUGGAAGUUUGCAAAAACUGCUCUGCAGUGUUGUGCUGUCGCAUGGCACCCCUUCAGAAAGCAAAGGUAGUGCGACUGUUAAAAACCUCUCCAGAGAAACCUAUAACAUUAGCGAUCGGUGAUGGUGCUAAUGAUGUGAGCAUGAUACAAGAAGCGCAUGUUGGCAUAGGUAUCAUGGGCAAGGAAGGAAGACAAGCUGUAAGAAACAGUGACUAUGCAAUAGCACGGUUUAAAUUCCUCUCCAAGUUGCUUUUUGUUCAUGGGCACUUUUACUAUAUUAGAAUAGCAACCCUUGUACAGUACUUUUUUUAUAAGAAUGUGUGCUUUAUUACACCACAAUUUUUAUAUCAGUUCUUCUGUUUGUUUUCACAACAAACGCUCUAUGACAGUGUAUACCUGACUUUGUACAAUAUUUGUUUCACUUCCUUGCCUGUCCUCAUAUACAGUCUUUUUGAACAGCAUGUGCAUCCGCAUGUAUUACAGAGUAAACCUGUGCUCUAUCGAGACAUCAGUAAAAAUGCCCAUCUCGGGUUUAAACCAUUUCUUUACUGGACUGUCUUGGGCUUCUUUCAUGCAUUUGUUUUCUUUUAUGGCUCGUAUCUUCUUAUGGGAGAAGACACUUCUCUGCUGGGAAAUGGCCAGAUGUUUGGAAACUGGACAUUUGGUACUUUGGUCUUCACUGUUAUGGUUAUAACCGUUACGAUGAAGAUGGCACUAGAAACUCACUUCUGGACAUGGAUAAACCAUUUUGUUACUUGGGGAUCCAUUGUGUUUUAUUUCAUAUUCUCCUUGUUUUAUGGGGGAAUUAUCUGGCCAUUUUUACAUACCCAGGACAUGUACUUCGUAUUUGUUCAACUGUUGUCAAGUGGUUCUGCUUGGUUUGCCAUAAUCCUCAUAGUAGUUGCUUGUUUGUUUCUUGAUGUUGUGAAGAAAGUGCUGUACAGACAUCUACAACCAACAAGUACUGAAAAAGCUCAGCUUACUGAGGCAGGUUCAGGUAUCAACUGCUUGGACUCCAUGUGCUGCUUCUCAGAUGGGGAAACAGCAUGCGCAUCUGCUCGAAGAAUGCUGGAACGACUGAUGGGAAGGUGCAGUCCAGCCCGGGUCAGCAGAUCAUGGAGUUCAUCGGAUCCCUUCUAUGCCACCGACAGAAGCAUCUUGACUCUCUCCACAAUGGACUCGCCCACUUGUUAACAGGGACAGUUGUAAAUGCCUUGUGGAAGCCAUGAGGUGCUACACCUGUAGUAGGUUCUGAAGCGAGUUCAGUUCCAUCCCUGCCCUAGAAACGACCAGCAUGACUUCUAAAUGCAAACAGUGGCUUGUCUGGUGGCCUAGCAUAAGUCAUCUGGACAGAAAUCGCUUCUAGGAUUUUUUUCUAAUUAUAGCCACAAAUUGAUAAAGAUGUAUUUUAUUAUUUUUAAGGACCACUUUUACCUCUGACUGUUUAAUCUUUUUU